CCUAUCCGGAGGAAAUUUCCGAUAUUCUUUAUGGUAACUGCUCCACCUCAAGUAUUUCGUCUGAAUCCUCUCUGUCUCUUUCUUUUUACCAUUUCUUGCUCAGAGCUCUCUUCAACAAUGGUUAAAUAGUAAAGUGAAUAUUUUUCUCAAAUCUCUCUUUCUCUUUCAAAAACACAUUCUUGGUCUUUCUUGAAUUACUCAGAAUUUUCUUCUCUCUUCUUCUCUAAAAAACCCAAAUUCAAAAAUCUGUCUAAAUCUUCCCAACUCUUGGUGGGGUUCUUGAAAGUAAAAAACUUUGUUGAAAAAAAGAAAUGAAGCAAAUUGUUAUAACAGCUCUUGUUUUACUACAAGCUUAUGUUCUUCAUCAAUCCACAUGUGUUAUGUCCCUUACUACACAAGAAUCUCCUUCUCCUCAACCUUCUGCUUUCACUCCCGCCUUAUCUCCUGGUAAAUUGCUUCAAUUUUAGGGUUACUUGUUCACUUCCGCAUGUUACUUCGGUAUGAAAAUUAAAGAAAUUUAGAAGAUGAAGAAGAAACAAAUUCUGGUUACUCUUGCUGGUUGUCACAUGUGCAUUUAAUGAUUAUGAUGUUUUUUGUUCGUUAUUAUAGCUUGCAUCUUUUUGGUAGAAAAGUUUGAAAAGGUUUUAGCUUUGUGGGGAUUUUGUCUUCUGGGUCACAAGAAAUUUUCUGUGUAGUCACUCUUUUCAUGUCCUUCAUUGUAACCGCUUAUAUCACUUGCCAUUAUCAACAGAGAGAGAAGGAAUUGCAUAAACAAGAGAGUAACAACAUGAGACUGGUUAUUUCACUAGCAGCUACAUUUUCCUUAGUUGGUAUAAUCUUACUUUGCUCUCUGCUUUAUUGGUUUUGCCAUAGGAGAAGAAACCUCAAGAGCUCAGGUUGUGGGUGUAGUGGAAUCACAUUCUUGAAUCGGUUUAGUCGCUCAAAAACAUUAGACAAGAGAACUACAAAGCAGGGAACAGUGUCAUUGAUCGAUUACAAUAUACUAGAAGAAGGAACUAGUGGUUUCAAGGAGAGUAACAUUUUGGGUCAAGGUGGAUUUGGAUGUGUAUAUUCUGCCACAUUAGAGAACAACAUUUCAGCUGCGGUUAAGAAGCUAGACUGUGCCAAUGAAGAUGCAGCAAAGGAAUUUAAGAGUGAGGUUGAGAUAUUGAGUAAGCUCCAGCACCCGAAUAUAAUAUCCCUUUUGGGUUAUAGCACGAAUGAUACUGCGAGAUUCAUUGUCUAUGAGCUGAUGCCAAACGUUUCUCUGGAAUCUCAUUUACACGGAUCUUCUCAGGGUUCGGCGAUCACAUGGCCUAUGAGGAUGAAGAUUGCUCUUGAUGUAACAAGGGGAUUAGAAUAUUUGCAUGAACAUUGUCAUCCAGCAAUCAUUCACAGGGACUUGAAAUCAUCCAACAUCUUAUUAGAUAGCAAUUUCAAUGCUAAGAUUUCAGAUUUUGGUCUAGCUGUUGUUGAUGGGCCAAAGAACAAGAACCAUAAACUUUCCGGGACAGUUGGCUACGUUGCACCAGAGUAUCUUCUCAACGGCCAAUUGACAGAAAAGAGCGACGUGUAUGCUUUUGGAGUAGUGUUAUUAGAGCUUUUACUCGGGAAAAAACCUGUGGAGAAACUAGCUCCCGGUGAAUGCCAAUCCAUCAUCACUUGGGCAAUGCCUUAUCUCACUGAUAGAACCAAGUUACCAAGCGUCAUAGAUCCUGCGAUUAAAGAUACGAUGGACUUGAAACACCUUUACCAGGUAGCGGCAGUGGCGAUUUUGUGCGUGCAGCCAGAACCGAGUUAUAGACCGUUGAUUACAGACGUCUUGCAUUCUCUUAUACCUUUGGUUCCAAUGGAACUUGGUGGAACCUUAAAAACCAUCAAAUGUGCUUCAAUGGAUCACUGUUAA